UUGACGACAGUCGUGGCGUCCACUUCGGAUUGGGGUUCUCCACCGCCUCGACGGUCCAUUUCCACUGUCUGUGGUCCGUCACAACGAGAGAUCAAUCAGUUUUAUGCGCACUUCUUCCCGGAAAAGGAGAUCUCACAUGAACAUGGUGCUUACAACUCGUCCUACUCGAAUCACCACCCAACUCACCAUAAUAUGUACUUUGGGAUUUGUGCACAGUAA